CUGCGUAGGCUGCGGCAAAGCAAACUGCUCUUAGGCUUUUGCUCAUUGCUGGCUAUAGCUUGUGUAAAAAGAUCACCUUUCUUACCAGCUCUCACUUUCGAUCCUCACAGCUCCCGGGUAUCGGAGCACAGGCUUCGGCUCUGUGCCGAGGCAUCAACACACCUCAGAUCCUCUCCGACGGAUCGCUGACCUCCGAGUUCGCGUUCCUGUCUGCUGGAACCAUGUCUCUGGUAAGCCAGAAUGCGCUCCACGGCAGCGCAGAGACCACUGCAGACUACAGCGAUGGCCGGGGUGAAAUGCAGGCUACUAAUGCCUCUGGGGCCCCCACCUCCAUGCUAGUCCCCGAGGCUCCUCAGGGCCUUGAGAUUCCAAACGACCCACAGGGUGCCAGCGCUCCCCAGGCUGCGCAGGACCCGAAUGACAUCGAGGGUCUCAUCGACGAGCAGUCCCGACGUUUGGGGGCGCUCAGGGUCCACGACCCUCUAGAAGACAGGUCGGUGGCUUUGGUGAAUUUCAUGCGCAUGAAAAGUCAAAGCGAGGGGUCUAUCCAGCAGUCCGACAUGCUGGAGUUUCUCAAAGAAUACUCAGAUCAGUUCCCUGAGAUACUCAGACGCGCCUCGGCUCACCUGGAUAGGGUCUUUGGGUUGAAUCUCAGAGUUCUUGAUCCUCAGACUGACACUUACACCCUAAUUAGCAAACCGGGUCCCCAGACCACUGAACGGCUAGCAGAGACCCUGGACAUACCAAAAGCAGGUCUCUUGGCCUUGGUCUUAGGCCACAUCCUCUUGAAUGGCAACAGAGCGAGAGAGGCCUCCAUUUGGGACUUGCUGUUAAAGGUAGAUGUGAUGGAUGAGCCUCAGAGGAUCAACAAUCUCUUUGGGAACACAAGAAACCUCCUCACUACUGACUUUGUUCGAAUGCGAUUUUUGGAGUACUGGCCAGUAUAUGGCACCAAUCCCCUCGAGUUUGAGUUCCUGUGGGGCUCUAGAGCCCACAGAGAAAUCACAAAGAUGGAAGCUCUCAAGUUUGUAGCAGAGGCCCAUGAUGAAGAACCCUGGAGCUGGCCGGAAGAAUAUAACAAGGCUCUAGAAGCUGACAAAGCCAAAGAGAGAAGCCAGGCUGCUGGCUUAGAGUUCUGGUCAGAGGACACUAUGAAUGAUAAAGCAAAUGAUUUGGUCCAGUUGGCCAUUAAUGUCACUGAGGAGUUGCUGCCCAUACAUCAGGAUGAGCUAUUGGCUCACACUGGCAAAGAGUUCGAGGAUGUGUUCCCAAAUAUCCUCAGCAGAGCCACUCUGAUCCUUGAUCUGUUUUAUGGCUUCUCUCUGAUUGAGGUUGAUACCAGUGAGCACAUCUACCUCCUUGUCCAGCAACCAGAAUCGGAAGAAGAGCAAGUAAUGCUAGAGAGCCUAGGCAGACCCACCCAAGAAUAUGUGAUGCCGAUCCUGGGUCUGAUCUUCCUGAUGGGCAACCGUGCCAAAGAGGCCAGCAUCUGGAACUUACUCCGGAGAUUUAGUGUGGAUGUCGGGAGGAAGCAUGCCAUCACCUGUAAGCUUAUGAGACAACGCUACCUGGAAUGCAGGCCACUCUCCUACUCUAAUCCAGUUGAAUAUGAGCUGCUUUGGGGUCCUCGGGCUCACCUGGAAAUCACCAAAAUGAAAGCGUUGGAGUACAUGGCUAGGCUCUACAGAAAGCGGCCACAGGACUGGCCAGAGCAAUACAGGGAGGCUGUGGAAGACGAGGAGGCCAGGGCCAGAUCUGAGGCCACUGCCAUGUUCUUUUUUGGGUCCAUGUGAAGUCUGGUGUUUCACUUUAGUUGAGUGGCAUCAGUUAAAAUGGCCUUUGGGAAAGGGGCACUAGUGUCCUACAUCAGAAGUUGGGAGGGUUGGGGUAAAGAGUACACCUUGUGCUUAUUGUGUUCCAAUCCUAAUAGUAUUUCUUUCCUUCUAAUAUACUCUUUAAUUGUCUUCAUGAUCAGUGUUUAUAAAUGAAAUUGCUCAUUUUCUUUUCCUGUCCUGUUUCAGUAUAAAUGUUCAGAUAACUGUGUAAAAAUGUGUUGGUAAUAUUUACAUAUUUGAAAUAACCAGUAAAAUAAGCUAAAUAACAGUAACAAUACACAUGCACACACGUACAUAAACACACCCCAAAUACAAAGCCACUUAUUUGUGGUUGCCCUCCCUUUGAGUCUAUUAUUGUGUUAACAAACUAACCAAAACCAAAAGAUUGCCACUUACCUGUAUGUAAUUUGCUGUUGCAGAGUGUAAUAAAAAUAAAUAAAAGUGUAAUGAAUGAGAUG